UCGUUUAAUAUGUUUUUGAUUGGCACUUUGUUGUGAAGUCUUUGCUGUCUCUCUCAUCUGCUACUUGUGAAUCUCAUCCCCGAACUCUUCAUUAUUCCAUUUUUGUAACCACAAUAUUUUCCCAAUUUAAGGACAAAGAAGAAAAAAAAGAAGCAAUUGAAGAGGGAGAGAUAGACAUAGAGCAAAGGAAAAAGAGGAAGAGAAGGAAAAACAAAAAUGAUUUGUUUGACCCAAAUCCUUAAUAAAUGCUCGGUCGCAAUCGAAAAAUGUUGCAUAACAGCUUGGGAUCACAUGGGCUAUGUGAUUCACCAUAAGAAGAAUAGUAAAGAACUCCAAGAUGAAAGCGAAAAACUUGAAAAUGAGGUGAGAAGGAUCGAUGGAAGGGUUGAGAGAGCCAGAAACAAUGGUGAAAUCCCUGAGGCUGAUGUUCUGCAGUGGAUAAAGUCAGCAAAUGAGAUGAACAUAGAUGUGGUGGCAUUUCUAGGAAAGGGAGAAAACAAGUUGUGCUUCAAUUGGUGUCCGAAUAUUUAUUGGCGUUAUUGGAUAGGCAAGGUUUCCAAAGAGAAGACAGAUCGUGUUAUUAGUCUCAAAGACGAGGGUGAGAAGUUUAUGACAUUGGAAGUGUCACACCCCGUACCUCAUAUGAAAUUUGGGUACAAUUUCUCUCAAGGUUACGAGGAUUUUGAUUCGAGAGCAAAGAUCUUUAAAGAGAUCAUGAAAGCUUUGGAAGAUUCGUGCGUUAAAAUGAUUGGUGUAUAUGGAGCAGGCGGUGUUGGCAAGACCACUAUGGUGGUAGAGGUAGGCAAGCUAGCAGAGCGAAAUGGGCUUUUUGAUGAUGUUGCCAUGGCAACUAUUUCACAAACUCUCGAUGAGAAAAUUGUUAAAGAAAAGCUUGCGUCCCAAUUGGGACUAACACUGAAUGGAAAUGCAGGUCAACUAUAUCGUAGAUUGAACAAUGGGAAAAAGAACCUUGUAAUAUUGGACGAUGUUUGGGAAAAUUUUAACUUUGCAGACAUUGAAAUUCCAAUUACAAAUGGCAAUAUGGGCUGCACAGUUGUGAUAACGUCACGGAAAAAAGGCUUUUGCCAAAUGAUACGAAUGCCAGAAGCAUCGACAAAGGAGAUCCUGAUCGGUGUCUUAGAAGAGCCUGAAGCAUGGACCCUAUUCAAGAAAACCGCGGGAAUUUCAAUUCAUUCUGAUAUCCCUUCUGAAGCAAAGGAAGUGUGUGACAAAUGUGGAGGCUUGCCAGUUGCUAUACGUGCAGUUGCAGCAGCAUUAAAAGGUAAGGGCAAGCAUGCGUGGAAAGAUGCACUUCGACAACUAAAAAAUUACAAGCUGAAAGAAAUUGCAGGUAUUGACCCAGAUUUGUUCAUCUCCUUAAAAUGGAGUUAUGAUCGUUUAGAACCCAAGGAUGCACGGUCAUGCUUCUUGCUUUGCUCUUUGUUUCCGGAAGAUGCUGAGAUUUCAAUUGAUGACUUGGUAAGAUACAGUGUUGGGAUGAGAUUGCUUGAUCAAAAUCUGAAUAUAUUUGAUGAAGUAAGAAACAGAGUACUUGCGAUGGUUGAUGUCCUCAACCAAUCUUGUUUGUUGUUAGAUGGCACGAACGAAAAUGUGGUCAAAAUGCACGAUGUUAUUCGAGAUGUUGCAAUAACAAUUGCGGAAGAGGAGAAAGGAUAUCUCGUGAAACAUGUUAUCAAAAAAUGGCCAGAGAAAGACACAUAUGAACAUUACUCGGCAAUCUCAUUAAGGUUCACCACAAAUAUUCAAGAGCCUCCCGAUGUGUUGGAAUGUACAAGACUCCAUACCUUGGUGUUGAAAUGCAGGGACUCUUCACCCACAAAUGUUAAAAGUAGUUUUUUCAAUGGGAUGGAGAACAAUCUUGAAAUCCUAGAUCUGAGUGAAAUGCCAUUAAAGAGCUCCCCGUCAUCGCUUCCAAGGUUGGUUAAGCUUCGGAUGUUAUGUCUAAAUGGCUUAUCAAGGGACAUAGCUCUAUUGGGGAGAUUAAAGAACCUUGAGAUACUUAGCCUUCAUGGGAUCGAGGAGCUGGCACCAGAGAUUAGAGAGUUGACUAGUCUACGGUUGCUAGAUUUGGAAAAUUGUACCAACUUAAGAGUAAUUCCGCCAAAUGUCAUAUCGAAAUUAACACAACUGGAGGAAUUAUACAUUUCAGAUACCUUUGACCAAUGGGAAGUUGAAGGAACUGACCAACAGCGAGAGAACGCGAGCCUCCUCGAAUUGAAUUCGCUGACACUAUUAAAGACUUUAAAAGUUCAUAUGCCAAGGUCGAUGGGCUUGCCCAAAUUGACUAGAUUUAGUAUAUCAAUUGGGGAAAAUAUUAAAUAUAAGGAAAAUUAUUUCUCAACAAGGAUCUUGAAACUCUCCCUCUGUGGCAUUCCUAUAGAAAACAAGUUCCGAGAUGUGUUGGAGAAAGUUGAAGUGCUAUAUUUGAAUAAAUUGCCAGGUCUGAAAAAGGUUCUGCUUCAUGACAGAGAUGGAGGGGGGUUUCUUGAAUUAAGGCAUCUUGAAGUUAUAGAAUGUAAUGAUGUUGAAUGUCUUCUUGGAAUGCCCGCAAGGCGUCUAAAAAUUCAACCACAAAGUCUGCCAGGUUCUUUUUCUAAAUUGCGCGAGUUACAUGUUCGAAAUUGUGGAUUCAAAUGCCUCUUCUCACUCUCCAUUGCAAGAGUUCUUGCGCGCCUCACACAUCUAGAAAUAGAAAACUGUGAGGAUAUGGAAGAAAUUGUUGGAAAUGAAGGACAAGAAAAUGAUGAGGAAAUUAUUUUUCUCCAACUAAAAAUAAUGACGUUGCGCAACAUACCCAAGCUCAGGAGCUUCCUUUCGAACAAUUCUAACACUCCGCAACCUCUCUUUUGUGGAAAGGUGGCAUUCCCCGCUUUGGAGGAAUUGAGAAUUUUCGAUGUACAUAAUAUAUCAGUGGUAUGGGACAAACAUUUAGAACCCCUUGUCCAAGAAGAGAGAGAAUCCUUUUGUCAAUUAAGAAACCUAGCGCAUCUUCGACAUCUAUAUAUACACAGAUGUGCAAAAUUGAAAGCAAUAGUAGUGGCCAAUAAGGAAAGAGGAGAUAACGAUAACCCUCUCGUAUUCCCUCAACUGUUUUCUAUAGAACUAAAUCAGUUGGAGAAUCUCAAGAGUUUCUAUGACAGUUGUGGACCUGAAGAAGAAAAAGAAGAAUCAACAAAGCAUGAGCUCAUCGUGGAAAUUCUCGAACCGCAACCCCUCUUUAACCAAAAGGUUGUGUUUCCUUGCUUGGAAGUCUUGGAAAUUUGGAGUUUGGGCAACAUCAAAGAGAUAUGGCAUAGCACACCUCCAACCAACUCCUUCAACAACCUAAGACAUUUGGCUGUGUUCGAUUGUCAAAACUUAUUGAAUAUUGCUCCAUCAGAACUACUUGGAAGUUUGCAAAACCUACAAUUCCUCAACGUCGAAGAUUGUGGCUCCCUAGAAGAGGUAUUCAAAACCGGAGGAUCAAAUGUUGAAAUCAAUCACGUGCUCUAUCAAUUAAAACAAGUUAUGCUGUUAAAUUUACCACUCCUGACAAGGUUUUCCUUUGGGAGUACAUUGCCACCCUUGGUAACACGGAUAAUACAAGAUUGCCCCUCCUGGAUAACCUCUAUGGAUCCCGACAUACAAGAAAUGUGAGAGAAGAUUGGUGAAUCUUUUUCCAUUUCAAUGAAGAGUUGUUUGUUGCCCAUAAUUGCAUACAAGUGAUUCAACAUUGUGCUACGUUCCACCAAUGUUUGCUCUGCUUUUGUGUGAAGCUCCAGAUUACCAAAGAAAGUUGGGUCCUAUGUCGAGGUACAAAAGAUGGUGGAAGGCAAAAAAUAUGCUGGAUGGUGAUUUUUUAUUUUAUUUAUAAUUAGAAUCAAUAAAAAGUGAGAAUUUUUUUUUUCUUUAUUUCUUUUUUUAGUAAGUCCCUUGAUUUGGACUGUAUAAUAUUAUUUAUCAACUCUUUAUUUUAUUUUUUUCAGUGUGUACACAUCCUUAACAACCAAGAGUUAUCUUGGUGGUCUUGUGUUCUGUUUGUAUAUAUGCUUUGUUUAACUUUACUAUUUUUUGGAUUUCUGUAUGUAACACGACCCACCCAAUUCCCAA